AUGAAAUUCUUUGUCGUUUUCGCUUGCGCUUUGGCCGCUGCAUCCGCCGGAUAUGUAACUCCGUUGGUUUUCGGAGCUCAUCACGUCCAAAUUGUUGGAGCUCAACAUGUUCCUUUGAUCGGAGCUGAUGGUGUCCCAGUUGAUACCGCUGAAGUCCAACAAGCCAGGGCUGAACAUUCUGUUCAUAAGUUGAAUGCUCAAGUUCGUAACGGAGAUUUGGUUCAUCAAAUUGUAGCUGCUCCAGUUGUUGCUCACUACGCUGUCCCAGCUGUGGUGUCCCACGACGGUCUUCCUCUUGAUACCGCUGAGGUUGCUGCUGCUAAGAUCGAGCAUUUCGCUGCUCACGCCGAGGCUUUGCAACAUAUCCCACUGAUCGGAGCCACCGGUGUUCCAGUCGAGACCCCAGAAGUUCAACACGCUAAAGCCGUCCAUUUGGCCGCUCACGCCGAAGCUAAACACAAUGCUGUAGUUGCUCCAAUCGUAGCUCACUCCGUGGUGUCCCACCAUGUCCCAGUCAUCGCCAACGGUGUCCCAGUGGAAACCCCAGAAGUGCAACACGCUAAGGCCGCUCAUUUCGCUGCUCACGUCGAAGCCAAGGGUGUCCCAGUCGAUACCAUCGAAGUGCAGCAAGCCAAAGCCGCCCACUUCGCCGCCAAGGCUCAAGCCAUCAACGAGCAAUACGGCGUCGUAGGAUACACUGGUGUAGUGGCUCCAAUUGCCUACCAUGUCCCAGUCAUCUCCAACGGUGUCCCAGUAGAGACCCCAGAAGUGCAACACGCCAAGGCCGUCCACUUUGCAGCUCACGCCAAAGCCGCUGCUCACGCUUACUACUAUUAA